ACAUCGUCGAAGCCAUACAAGGUCACACCGCUGCCUGACCCUGGCUACAUCUACCUAUACUCCGAAGAUGACCUGGUGCAUUUCUGCUGGCGACGACGGGACCAGCCGUUGGAUGAGCCCGAACUCGACCUCGUCAUGGUUCCCACAGACGGCAGCUUUCUCCCGUACGACUACAAGACAUCCCCCCAGCCAACAGCAAAGACCAACGGCCGCAUAUUCGUCCUGAAAUUCGCCUCUUCCUCCCAGCGCCACCUGUUCUGGUUGCAGUCCAAGCCUCAGGGACGUAACGGUGAUCCGAGCUACUUCAGCCCUCGGGAUCGCAAGAUCGGCGACAUUGUCCACAGACUCCUUCAGGGUGAAGAGGUUAACGUAACGCGGGAACUCGCCGCUGUUCGAAACAACAACGAUCGCCAAGACGAUGAUGACGAGACGAUGGAGGACGUCGAGGGCCACGGCCACGGGGAUCACCAUGCUGGAGGCAGCGGCGGAGCUGGCCCCGAUGCGACGGGAGGCGACAUAAGAGAGGAGGGCGAGGCACCGAGAGAAGGCGGAGCCGAUGGAGCGAGAGCAGCUUCGUCCUCAAACCCUGAUGCCGCAGCUGCAGUAAGAAACUUUCUCGAUUCGCUGAGAGGCCAGCCUGGCCUGGCUGGAGAUCAGCAACAGCAGCAGCAGCAGCAGCAGGCAGAUAUCGCGUAUCCCCAUCUGAGCCACCUCCUACCGACAUCCAUUACGGUGCCCAUGGUUGACACCCUGUCGGCCGAACAGGUGGACUCGCUUCUCAGCUUCCUACCUCCCGCAGUCAUUGUGCUCGCCAGUGGCACAGCUGAGCUCGAUGGCAGGGCAGAUCCGACCGCCGACCAGAUCAAGGCAGCCAACGAAUCCUUGACGUUGGAGAAGAAGCAAGCCCUGUUGAAGAAGGUGCUUCGAAGUCCUCAGUUCCACCAGGCCUUGGGAACGUUGACGAUGGCCCUUCGAGAUGGAGGCCUGCCCAGCAUCGCCGAUGCACUUCAGGUCAAGGUUGAGAAGGACGGAUACCUACAGCCUGGAAUUCCCAUGGGUGGUGGAUAUGCUGUCAAGGCCUUUAUUGAUGGCGUCAAGAAGACGGUCAAGGACAGCAGGCAAUGAUGGCCUGCAAAGUCUUUCUUCUCUUCUCUUUUUACCAAUACAUAUCUUUUGGUAGCUUCUUUUAGCAUAU